GAAGGUAUCUCAGAGUAACUUUUAAUUUAUCACUUUACCCAUUGUAGAGGCUCUUAUGACUGAGUAAAUAUCUGUAUUACGCAGUUCUAUACGUGUUUGAAACGUUUAAUCUUUAAAAAGAGGCUAAAAGAAGUGAAGAGCAAGAAUACUGCAUUUCUAGGUUGUGAUGUGGCUACUGUAGAGGGUGGGCGCUGCUGUGCGUGAAGUUGUGCCUGGUACAUAUAGGACGUAAUUGAAAUUUGGACUUUGUGGUGGAAAAUUAAUAGGUAAAUAGUUAAUAUUGCAGGUUUACGUUUAUGUAAAGCCCUUAUUGUGCUUUGAAGGUCAGAUAAUUUUUAGUUUCGGAGUGUCGCCAUCCUGUAGAGGGCUGUUCGACGUUCGCAAGUGAAGGGUUCUGCUAUGGCUAAUCGCAGUGGAGCCCAACGACCGAAUGGAACACAGGGGAAGAUUUGCCAGUUUAAGCUAGUCCUACUUGGAGAAUCUGCUGUUGGCAAGUCAAGUUUAGUACUGAGGUUUGUGAAGGGACAAUUCCAUGAGUAUCAAGAAAGCACAAUAGGAGCUGCAUUUCUUACACAGACAGUAUGCCUCGAUGACACUACAGUUAAGUUUGAGAUCUGGGACACGGCAGGCCAAGAGAGGUAUCAUAGUCUUGCUCCAAUGUAUUACAGAGGAGCCCAAGCGGCCAUCGUGGUGUAUGAUAUUACAAACCAGGACACAUUUGGGAGAGCCAAGACGUGGGUCAAAGAACUUCAGAGGCAAGCAUCGCCAAAUAUUGUUAUUGCACUUGCGGGUAAUAAAGCAGAUUUGGCUAAUAAAAGAAUGGUGGAACAUGAUGAGGCUCAAGGUUAUGCUGAAGAAAAUGGUCUGCUCUUCAUGGAAACCUCAGCAAAGACAGCUAUGAAUGUUAAUGAUAUUUUCUUGGCAAUUGCCAAAAAGCUCCCAAAGAAUGAGCAGGUGACUGGUGCGGGAACCAGUGGUCAAGGUCGGCGAUUGGUUGAGUCUGAAGGUCAGCAGAAGGCACCAGGAAAUUGCUGCAAGUGAUCCGUCUUAAUGCUAUUUUGGAUCUUCUUCAAAACUCAUGUUUGUUCCAUUCUUAGCUAGGAGGGCAAGGUUCCGGCUGGCUUUGUGCAGACCAGGCCGGUUAUUCGGCAUUUUUAUUAGCUGGAAACAUUCCUGGCAGUCGGAACAAGUAACACCUCCGCAUGUGAAAUGAACACAUUUCCACUAUAAUCCUCCUAUCGAUUGCCAUGCAUAAUAACUCGAUACAUUAUAUCAGUGGCAAUUGUUUAUAGGUGAAAUAAGUGUAAUAAUAUUAAUAAUAAUGAUAAUACGCUGUACGUAUGUCUGCUUGGGAGUCCUGGAAACAUACCAAUGUGUUGCAAGUGAUGCAGUGAACAGCGCCAUGGGACAGAAGCACGAAAACAUUUAAAAAACACCUGCUUGUAGAUAGCUACUUAGCAGUGAUUGGUAUUUUCACAUGACUCCUUCAGUCAAGUCUCAUCAAAUUUCCUCUUGAACAUGGUAAGUUGCAUAUUUUAAAGUUCAGAAAUGUGUUCCAAAAAGAAAUGUUUUGGAAUGUGCCAGCGAUAUGUUAAUUCAGUAGAUAUAGAUCUUUUAUAGUAUUAUAGAAAUUAACAGUGCAGCUUUAACCUGUUGUCCAUCAUUCCACAUCUUACAUAUUUUCAAAUCUCAGUAUGCAGAUUUGUCAACAUAAAUCAUGUUUCAUAAAUUUGAAAGAUAUAUGUAUGUUUAUUUGGAACAUAUUUCUGCCCUUGAGAUUGGUGAAAAUUUAUUAUUAAAAAGAAAUAUGCCCAUGGUCCAACCUGUUAGCUUGUGUAUCAUAUCAGUAUGAGUUUAUUAUGAAAUUAUAUACCAUACCAGUGUAAUUAAAUUUUCGAUCAUAUUCAGUUUUACUUUAGAUGUACAAAUAGCAUAUUAAUGUGGUGGCUCUACAUUUUCGUUCAAAUUGUUUGAUUGUUUUCUGAAAUAAUUGAGGAGCUGUGAGCUCUAAUUAUAAAGGAAGUAGAAAUGUCUUGCAUGGGUGUUGAAAUUACCCUACGAAGUCAUGCACUGUAUUAUACAUAAUGGAAUGCUUGCUUUACCUUUCUGUAAGCACAGGAACACUAAGAUUGUACAGGAUAAAUCAUAAAGAAAUAAAGUUAAUAGUUUAUUGUGUAGUAUUUAUUGUCACAAACUUGUUGACAGUUAAGCCUGGUUAUGGAUGUGGUGUUCCCACAACUUGGACUUGAGUUUUUUCUUUCUUUCUUUCUUUCUUUCUUUAUAGUUUGCAGUAACAAACGUACCACUUAUAUUUUAAGAAGUGUAAGCCCUAAUGGUACUCUCUGUGUAAUAUAAUCAUGACGAGAUGAGAACUCGAACAUGUACCAGACUAGGAGGAACAAGUGGAAAAUAUGUUAAAUUUUUAUUCAGCUAUUAGGCCUUUUUAAUAUGUAGAAGGAACCAUUCAGACUUCUGUAUGAGAUGAAUAAAAUCAGUUUUCUGUUUGUAUGCUGAAGUUGUAUGGAGUACAAAUGAAAAUGUGGCAGGUGGAUAAAUCAUUGCUUAUAUUUCAUGUGGCUUUUCUGAACAUGUUAAGGAAAGGACAAUCAGCAUGUUAAUCCCACGUCUUCUUUCCAUUAUAUUUCGUAUGUGUGUGAGCGUGCGUGCAUUCACACCAUGUGACAUUCCUUAGUUUGGUACAUGCCCUUGUAUCUUACUGUGAUUGCAUGGAUGUCAGUAUUUGAAGGGGGCAAGAAUCUUAAAUUCACAAGUUGAUAUUUAAAAAGUGCAAUAAUACAUUGUUGAUAUACUUCCGAAAAGUUGUGGGUAUUUAAAAUUUUCAUGAAUGCAAAAUCGAAACACUAUUUCUUUUGUUAAACUAUUAUAGAGUAAUUUAUGGGACUUUUAUUUGUGGUUUACAAGGUUAUGGACAUCAUGGGUGAGACUUUGCAGUAACAGUGUGGUGUCAAGUUUGCCCCAUACAUUUGUUUUUUCAUAACUGUUUACAAGUUGCAGUUGGCAAGGUAGGAUGUUAUGGAAGGGACAACAUGGUACCACCCUACUGUAAUAAGAAAAGACUUGGCCUCAUGUCAACUGUAUUUAAAAUUUAUCAAAAUUCUGUAUAACAAGAUUGUAAGAGAUAUAAUAAACAGUAUGUGGAGUAAAUUAUAGAUUUAUUACUGCAUGGUGUAACUUGUAUUGCAGCAUUUUUAACAUUUAAGAAGCAACAUUCCCAGUGUGAAUUAUUGACUGUAAGUACAGGGAAAGUUGUGAAUUUGGCCAUCCAUAUAUACUAGCCACCUCCCAUAAUUGGCCAUAUUUUUGCAGAACUGGCAAAAUUAUACUUAUUUUCACACAGCCACAUGCCUUGUACUUGGCCACCUUCUUGCAUUUUGUGCUAAGGUUUUGCACAUGUGUUUACCUUUCUGUGUUAGCCACACAGAAAAAUGGGUUUUAAUUCAUUCUGUUGUUUAGUUAAUAUACUGCACUCUGUACUUUUGACUGAUCAUUAAAAUUUGUAAGCAUAAACAUCUGUUUCACAUUCACCUCAGAUAUUGUUUUGAUAUAUAUUCUAUCCAUUAGUCACAGGGUCAGACACAAAGUAUUUCAAGUAAUUUAACUGGUGACAAAAGUGAGUAGUAUAAUUUAAUAUACACUCAGUAUGGACUCAGAAGUGCAAAGUUUUUACACUGCUGUAUAAGUUGACUGUUGGUUGCAUUUGAAUAGACACAGGUUGGCAAGUUAAACAAAUUUCACUGUAUCAUAUUCAGUAUUCAUUCUCAAGAAUAUGUUAUGUGGGUAUUCUAUGGUUGGCAUUGUUUUUGUAAUAGUCAUUCAUUAAAUACAUACAUACAUAC